GGGGAGGGGUGAUAAUUCGGUGCGAGAGGGAAGGGAACGAGGAAAUAGUCCGGGGUUUAUUUUGUUGUGUUUUUCAGGCUCUGGCGGAGGCGGCCCGUGGGGAGUGCUGCGGCCAAGAUGGCGGCGCCCUGUGGAAUGUAGGAGCUGCGGGAGCUCCCCCGGUCGGUAGCUGCGAUCGGAUCAGCGGGGGAUCGGAAGCUUCUCUUCAGGUGUGAGAAGGCAGGGAGGAGAGAAGCGAGUGCAGAAUGACGCAGGUGGUGAACGUCAGCGACCUGGUCCCUCUGCUCGAGUCCACUGACCUGCAGGUGAACGAGGAGGUGAAGGGGCUACUGGUGGAGAGUCUCCGCUCAGACCGUGGCCCUUUGGUGCUGAACUCUUUGGUGGAUUAUUACCUGGAGAGCAAUUCUCAACUGACGGCACACAUCAUUUCAGCUGUACAGGAGCCACACGAUAAGCAUCUGUUGGACCGACUAAACGAGUGGAUGAUGAAGGCAGCGACCAGGCUGUCCGCCCUGACAUUGCUGGGUCAUGUCAUCAGGCGGGAGCCCACGUGGAUACACAAGCUUUUCCGAGCACCGGUGCUGGUCUCGCUGCUCAAAUGUUUGAAGACUGACACGGACGUUGUUGUUCUCACCACAGGCGUCCUGGUGCUAAUCAUCCUCCUGCCAAUGAUUCCGCAGGUUGGCAAGCAGUACCUCCUCGAGCUCUUUGAGAUCUUCGGGCGUUUGGCCGCCUGGAACCUGCACAUCCCGGGCCACGUGCCAGAAGUUUACCUGAUCCACCUCCACGCCAGUGUCUAUGCGUUGUUCCAUCGUUUGUAUGGGAUGUACCCAUGUAACUUUGUCUCCUACCUCCGCUCACACUACAGUAUGAAGGAAAACGUGGAGACCUUUGAGGAGGUGGUAAAGCCAAUGCUGGAGCAUGUUCGUAUCCACCCGGAGCUCGUGACAGGGACAAAGGACCAUGAGCUGGAUCCUGUGAAGUGGAAGCGUUUUGAAACUCACGACAUUGUGAUCGAAUGUGCCAAAGUUUCCCUGGAUCCAAAGGAGGCUUCCUGCGAGGAGGGUUACACUGUCAUGCCCAAGCACUUCUCCACACACCGGCAGACAGACACCAGCUCCAGCCCUUUCUCCGACUCCCAGAGCAGCUUCGGGAGUGCCUCCUCUGCACCUUAUACCUGCCGGCGAUCUCUCCAUAGCCUCUCGGGCUCCCAGUCACGGUACAAGACGCCCCCCACCUCCCAGCACCUGCCCGCAGAUGGACUCCAGGACAGUCUGUGGAGUCCGUCUUCAGCCUGCGGCAUGUCCACACCUCCUUCCUCUCGAGGACUUUCACCAAUUAACCCAUUCGAGGUGUCGCAGAAUACCUCAGGCCCACAGGGCCAGGUCCACAGUACCCCUGGUGGGAAGGGGACCUCCACUGAUGUAUCCGCUGUCUCCACGCCCCUGUCGGCCCUCGCAGAGGAGUUUGCUCACGAUUCCCUCCUGCCGGUUCCAGCAUCACCGAGGAAGGAUGGUAAACUACCCACAGGGAAGCUGCUGAACAGCAGGCAGCAGUACGUGACUGCUGACGAGGUCCCGAGCGGUCUGGAGCCCAGGGAUCGCAAAACAGUGUCUAUGAGGGAGUUGUCCGAGGUUAUAGAUGGCUUAAAUCCUCAAGAGGAUGGAAGUGAAAAGGAGAGUGAAGAAGCUGCGAUUACUAAGGAACUCUCUGAGAUUACGCCCCUGGAUCAUCACUUGCUGGUCACACAUGGAGGUUUUGACUCCCCUUUCCAGCGCACCACUGAGACUCUCACAGGCCCUCAGCUGAAACACGAGCAGGAUUUGUACUCUGUGUCCAUCGACCAAGGACCAUGCUCUGAGCAGCGGCAAGUGUGCGCUACAGCCAGCAAGCCCGCGGAGGCUCCCAGGCAAGAGCCGUGCUCUGCCAGACGGGGAUUUAUGCCCAUCGAGAAACCAGGUGCAAACUGUUAUGGAAGCCCGGUUAAACGGGAGGAGGUGGUCAAAGAAGGACCGAGAUCGCUGGUGCCCUUUACACCCGACCCUCUGUUCAGGGUCCAGGCGCAUCCUGCUCUGGGCAGUGGGCAGCCGCUGCCGUACGAGCAUCUGUUUGAGCUGGCCUUGCCCAGGACGGCCAGUCUCUACAUCAGCCACAAGACGUCCGAGCUGCAAAAGAAAGCCACCAGGCUUUCGGGGAGCUCGUCGCCUGCUCCGGUCUCUGCCAUCUCACCGCUGGAGGUGCUGGACAAACUGAUUCAGUGUGGAGCCGACGCGCACGUCAAGGAGCUGAACCGAGUCCAUCCCCAGCAGGGUCAACUCCAGGGCCAAAGAAAACCAGUCAGAUUGCCUUUGCCCAGCAAAUCUGCAGAUUGGACUCACUUUGGAGGCUGUGCCCCGCUGGACGAGCUGCACACGCUCAGGAACCAGCUAGUCCUGCUGCACACACAGCUGCUGUACGAGCGCUACAAGCGGGAGCAGCACGCCGUCCGCAACCGCAGGCUCCUGCGCAAGAUUCUGAAGGCCACGGCGCUGGAGGAGCAGAACCUGGCCAUGAAAGACCAGCUGAAGCUGCAGGAGACGGACCUGGCCUUGUUCAAGCGCAGCCUGUCGGUGGAGCAGAUGCAGUACCGGCAGCUGAAGGCAGAGAAGGAAUCCGUGGUUCAGUAUUUCAACACCCAGAUUGCACAUCUUCAGAGAGAGCGGGACUCAUACCGGGCCAGCUGCCAGGAGCUGCAGAAUAAACUACAGGACUGUCAGAAGAUGAUUGGGGAGCUGAAGGUGGAGUUACAGAAAGCCAACAACAAAGCCUGCAACACGGAGUAUCUCCUCAACCAGAUGACGGAGAAAUUCACCAGUACGCAGUCUGUGCAGCAACAGAUGGAGUGGCUGAACAAGCAGCUGCUGCUCCUGAGUGAAGUGAAUGAGCUGUACGUGGCCAAACUGCUGCAGGCACAGACCCACUGCAAGGCUGUGGAGACGGAGAUGCUGCAGGUUUCGUCUCAGAGGGAAGUUGAGCGGGUAAAGCAGGGGCUGCAGCAGCAGGGCCAGCGGCUGGAAGCAGCGCUGCGCAGAAUACUCGAGCUGGAGGGGCAGCUGGCCAAGAAAGAGCACCUCUUCCUCGAGCAGAAAAAGUACCUGGAGAACGUCAAAAACAUGGCCAGUGGGAAGUUGCAGGCUGCAGAGAGUCGCUACGAAGCCCAGAAAAGGAUAACGCAAACCCUGCAGUCCGAGAUCCUGGAACUCUACAGCAAGAUCGAGCACUCUGAGCCUCCAGAGAAGCUGUCCCCGGCCAGCCCCGAGGCCAGCAGGGCUGAGAACAUCAGUGCCAAUUCAGAUCACCAGAGCCCAGGUACAGAGAGCGCGAGCAGCAGAGAAGCGCAGACCCCCACCCUGGCCACCAGCACGAGUGACCAGUGUCCAGUCGGGAAGCCAGCAUCUCAGGCCCCCGGAGUUCUGGAACUGCUCAGCGGAAGUGCGGAAUCUGGGAUCCCCAUCCUGCUGGAGCAGCCCCCCGCCCCAGUGACUGUCGGCUCCUAUCCCAGCUCCAGGAGCUUUCUUGGGAUGGAAGCCCGCAAGUUGUUCAGGAACAAGAGCGAGAGCCAGUGUGACAGCGAACGGCCCAAGAUACACAGCCUCUCGGACUCCCUCAAAACCGAGUACUGCGUGGAGCUGGGCAGCUCCCUGGGGCCCCCAAAGCUCCAGCACAUGGCAGCUCGGGCCAUCAGCUCGGAGAAUGUGCGGCAGCUCAGCAUCAUGGACUACAACGAGACCCAUCAGGAGCAGAAUUGAGCGGAAGAGACGGAAAAAGAAUCAGUCAGUAUUACGCUGAGCGGUUACAGCUGCUUUGCUUUGUAAGCAUGUCACAACAGUUCAUUUCUGUUUUAGAAAAAAAAAGGUACAAUCCAGUUAAGGACCAUGUGCUUCUUCAGUGGAAUGUUUAUAUAUUAAAAAAAAACUCUUUCCCCUUCUCCCCCCCCCCCCCCUCGUGCCCUCCAAAAGCUGACAAAUACCUGUGUAACUGUGAACAAAGAAUUCCUCUUAAAUGUUUUUGCACUACAACGUUGUACGUAAAAUGUGUCUUUGUGUAACAGCCCCCCCCAGGCCUUCGGGCUAGACCAUUAUCCCCCUCCUCUACUGCUCCCUGCCCCCCCCCCCUCCCCCCCGAAGUGUGCUUGGUGACUGACCCUGUCAGAAUGACCCUGUGGUGUUCUGUGUGGGCAGCACCCAGUGUUUUCAAAAGGCUGGACUGACUUUUGUUUUUCUCUUAUCAAUCCCACAGUGACUUUGAGAUUUUAUUAUUAUGAAGUAAGAGAAAUGCUCUCCUCACCUGUUUUUCACCACCGCCCCCCCCUCACACCACCACCACUGAUUUACCACUCUUUGUUGUUCCCUCCUCCACACCAGUGACUUACGCAAUCUCCCCUCCAGUUAUUUACUCUCCUCUCUCCCACCCCACUGAUUUACUCUUCCCCUUCUCCCUGUCCCCGCACCUGUAAUUUACCCCUUGUUCCCCCCCACAUGCCUGUAUUACCCCUCGUCCACACCCCCCACACACCACUGAUUUACCCACUCGCACACUACGCGUACGGCUAUCAUUUAUCCCCAAGUGCCCUUGCUCAAUGGUUGUGUGUUGGUGUUGGAGGUGGGGGUGGGAGGUGAGAGGGUGAUUGGCUUUGGUAACUCACGUAGUGUGGGUGGUCUGGUCUUGGGCUUUGAGUUGGGUUGAGGCGCAGUGAUUAAUAAAGGGCUACCAUCUA